AGCCACUGAAAAAGAUAUGAAGUCUAGAGCAGUGGAAGUUACAUUGUGCUGAAUAUAAACAAUGGGCGGAUUGGUCUUUAGAUGAGACGUUGGUACCACCUUCCAUUCUAAAAUAAAAUCGCCCUGGCUUGAAGUCACAGCCUAUUUCAUAUCCGGUUUACCCAGUGAUAUGUUACCAUUGUCCUGGUAAAGUAAAGAUUUAUUUGGCUGCAGUCUCGGUAUUUAGAGUAGAUUUUAUAGUUAGAUUGCCAAUUUGUUGGGGACUGAGAAGAGUUUCACUCAACCACACCAUUGAACAGUGCGCGAAACCUGCGCAUACUCAGCAUCGUCAGCUGCCGCUUCUCGAGACUCAAGCUAAAUUUGGUCAGAUCUGAGAUCUUGGAGGAUUGUUCUCAUCGAAUCCGUGUAGAAAAUAUAUCCAUAAAAGUUUGAAAAUACGACAGCCUCGAACAUCUCUGGCAUAUCGCUUGACAAACCACUCUCCAACCAUGGGUGGACGGACAGGAACGGCCAUACUGCUAUGUGUGUGGGCCUGUUUGCUGGUGGCCAACGUGCUUUGUGGGAAAAGCUCUGGACAGAAUGGCCAGACGGACGAGCAGAAAGACAACACAACAGUGUUCACCCGGAUCCUAGACAGUCUUCUAGAUGGCUACGACAAUCGUCUCAGACCAGGGUUGGGAGAGCGUGUAACUGAAGUCAAGACUGACAUUUUCGUGACGAGUAUUGGGCCCGUCUCGGACCAUGACAUGGAAUACACCAUUGAUGUGUUCUUCCGUCAAAGCUGGAAGGACGAGCGGCUAAAAUUUAAAGGGCCAAUGGCGGUUCUCCGUUUGAACAACCUGAUGGCCAGUAAAAUCUGGACCCCUGACACAUUCUUUCACAAUGGCAAGAAGUCUGUGGCACACAACAUGACUAUGCCCAACAAACUCCUACGAAUCACAGAGGAGGGAACUCUGCUCUAUACUAUGAGACUGACCGUAAGGGCAGAGUGUCCCAUGCACCUGGAGGACUUCCCCAUGGAUGCCCAUGCUUGCCCACUGAAGUUCGGCAGCUAUGCUUACACCAGGGCUGAGGUUGUGUACGUGUGGACGAGAGGGGCAGCCCAGUCUGUUGUGGUGGCUGAAGAUGGCUCUCGGCUCAACCAGUAUGAUCUGAUGGGGCAAAGCGUGGACUCUGGGGUUGUCCAGUCCAGCACAGGAGAGUAUGUUGUCAUGACGACACACUUCCACCUGAAGAGGAAGAUUGGUUAUUUUGUCAUCCAGACGUACCUGCCCUGCAUCAUGACGGUGAUCCUGUCCCAGGUGUCCUUCUGGCUCAACAGAGAGUCCGUCCCAGCCAGGACUGUGUUCGGAGUGACAACUGUGCUGACCAUGACCACCCUCAGUAUCAGUGCUAGGAACUCUCUCCCCAAGGUGGCCUAUGCCACAGCCAUGGACUGGUUCAUUGCAGUCUGCUAUGCCUUUGUCUUCUCUGCCCUCAUUGAGUUUGCUACAGUCAACUACUUCACAAAGAGGGGCUACGCCUGGGAUGGAAAAAGUGUGGUGCCAGAGAAGAAGAAGAAGAAGGAGUCUCUCCUGAAGAAGAACAACACCACCGCCUACACUGCCGCCACUGCUACAGCCUUCGCUCCAAACAUUGCCAGAGAUCCUGGUUUGGCCACCAUUGCCAAAAGUGCUCCCCCUCCCCCCACUGAGCCCAAGGAAGAGCCAAAGCCCAAGCCACCAGAGGCCAAGAAGACCUUCAACAGCGUCAGCAAGAUCGACAGGAUCGCCAGAAUAGCCUUCCCCUUACUCUUCGGAACCUUUAACCUGGUCUACUGGGCAACUUACUUGAAUAAAAAGCCUAAGUUACAGGGUAUGACCCCAGGAUCCCACUAAUCUCAAUCCCCCUUUCUUUUUCCCCCGAAUGUGUAUUUUCUGAAAACAUGGUUUUCAUGCUGGUUGAAUUCCCAGUCGCCACAUUACUUUAAUGUCAAAUACCUUCCAAGAUUUAAAAAAAAAAAUUGAAAAGAGUAAAGGUCUUAGGAUCAAUGUGGUGACUAUUUCAUGGGAAUUGUUUUUGGGGGGAGGGAUUAUGCUACUAAAGAAAAUAUGCUAUAAAUAAUAUAUGAUAUACACAAGAGAAUGCUAUUCUACAAAUGCACAUAGCCCAACAAUUGUUAAGGAUCUAUUAUUUGUUUUAGUUUUCUGAUAUAUGUUCAGUUGUUGUUUUGCAUUACAUUUUUAACACUGUAAAAGAAAAUUGUGUUUUUGCAUGGACUGGGCAUUUUUCUUUUCAAAGAUCAAUCAACAUUUAUUUCACCGAUGGACCAGUUUGUUUGAUAUCAGUGACAAAAUGCUACCUACAAUCUUCAUCAAAUAUUCCUCUAUUCUCUGUAGUUGAUGUUUUUGGGGUUUGUUCAUUUCCUUUUGUUGAAAGAAUCAAGAUAGGGGUUCAGCAAUAGCAAUAAAACAUGUCUCAAUGGAAACAACAUCAUUCAAUUCAUCGAUUUUAGAAGAAGCUAAAUUAUUUUAUUGUUUCUAUGUGCAACAUUAGGAGUAAUAUGAAUUUAGUUGUUUUGUAAAUAUGAUCAAGUGUUAGAGAUGUCAACAUUAUGUUUAAGCUUUUCAAAGAGUAACUAAUGGUAUACAUAUACAACUCCUGGAAAAAAGACUUUUCUUUCUUUAACUGUUUAUGAAACAUUGAAAAUAGUUUGUAUGAAGAGAGUAUUUACUGGUUCACUCCAAAGUGACUGUUUCUUACCAAGUCAGUGUUCCACUGAUCGCUGGUCAACGUUGCCAGUGGUUAUCAAGUUAUCAAGUACUUAUCAAGUAUAAGUUAAUAUAUAUUCAACUAAUUCCAUAGCUGUGUGUAUGUGCGUACUGACACCAACAAUGUGUCAGGUCUGGGAUAGUAAUGAGUAAGAAUGUAAAACUGUCGAAGUCUAAAUGUCGGAAUGCAUUUUAUAUUUAGAAUUAAAAAACACUAUUAUUCUUUACUUUGGUUUCUGGUUUCUAUGGCAGAGAUGAGCCCCUAAAGGGACAUGUGUACAGGGCCCAGAGGACCGUUAGCAACAUUGUUAAGUUUCUAAGAUGGCUGGUAGCAGUGAGCGUUGCACCGGCCGGGCAGUGGCUAACACAUUGAGAGUGAAGAGCAGUGCCACUAAGGAAAGGCGACUCCCAUGAUUGAUGACACUACAUUUUCCAUCCUGCUCUAUUCCGUGACCCUGUGAUGGCGCCGUAGUUCCCAUCUUCUGUUACCGAUGUUUUAGACAUCACUUAAAACGUACCUGCUACGCUGCCUUCAGUCUCACAUGCCGUUAGGUGAAGGCUGCUUUUUGGCCUGCAUCUGUUGCUGCUUGAUGUUGAUGAGAGAGAAGGCGGAGGCACUCAACUCUAUUGGCUAGUGCUGUGUUCUGCGCAUAGGAAAUGUCUUGUAGUUCUUUGACAGUAUUGAAUAUCUAUAUUUUUGUAGCAUGAUGUCAAUCACUCCUCAGAGAGAACCAACAGAUUCUAAACCAAACGUGAAAACAUGUUUGCUUUCUUUUUAUUUCCUCAUUCCAACAGACAAUGUUUUCCCAGAUGUGGCAAGUUAAAGUUAAUUGUCCUUCUCAAAUUCUGUUGAUGUAGCAAUAUUGAUUAGCAAGGGCUUUUUGAAAAUCUGAAUUUAAAACAUGCAUUGUCCCGGAUGAUAUCCAUGGUAGCUUUAUGGUGACCUCUGUAGUCAUAGUUCCAUGUGUAUUGUUGUUAUCCAAAAUAUCUUUGGAUUAAUGAUCACGAGCAAUGGCUUAUAUUUUUUCUUCUCUGUGGUUUUCAAGCCGUCAGCACCUGACUUGCUUUCAGAAAUCUAUGAUCCAAUUUGAGAGUGGGGGUAUUGCAUAGCAUGGGCUGGGGUGUUUUUACAGUAAAUGGGUUUUAUAGUACUGGACAUUGUGCAGUGGUGAUGACAUCUCUGGACCUUGUAGAAAGACUAGAGUGUAUUGUAUAUCAGUGCACAGGGGUGAAAAGGUCAGUGUUUCCCAGAGGGAGAAUGAGAGAGUCAGUUGCAUUACGACCAAUAGACAGAAUCCAUUCCUGGAGAUGGAGGGCUUUCAGUAUGCAGGUUCACUCUGCCGUGCUCAGAGUAGUCUGUUUCAAACUGCGUCAGGAACACAAGUUCCGUGUGAAAUGUACAAAUAUAAAUACAUUGAUAAUUAAAUUCAAACGUAUUGUAUGGAUGUUUAAUAUCAUGACGAAAAGAGUAUAAAUAUAUAUAUAAUAUACAUAAUGCAUAUAUGACUAUUUCAUAAAACAUACUAGCUAAGAUAAUGAUAAAUAUUGUUUGUACCAACCUAUUGUUAUGCAUUUUGCACAUUAGAAGUAUACUUUACAUGUAUGUAGUCAGCUUUGUGCUAUGCAAGGACAGCUUUGCACCACGUUAAUUCAAUUUUUUCUUUGACCGUUGUUUGUCCAAUUAAAAAGGUGUUGUAAAAAGCUUAACUCUUUAAUCAACCAUGCAACCUACUUAGCCGUUUAACCAUUUUUUCUGCUGGGUAAUCACAAAGUUGAUAGUGAUUGUGAAUUAGUCUACCAUAAUUUUUUGAUGUACAUGUCUGAAUCUAAUGAUGGUUGAUGGAAAGAUGAUGGCUUUGAAUGUCGACUGCAUUUUUUUUUUUUUGGGGGGGGGGGGUUAUGGUAAUAAAGUUAGUCAAUUUAAAACCUCAAGCUAAAGUAUAUCAAGUUAACAUACAUAUUUUUAUUUGAGGAUAACAUUAAUCAGAUUUGUUAAUAUAAUCUGAGACUGAUGAAUUGCAGACUGGAUAAAUAAAUAAAAAUCUUUUCCACAUAGCUAGCAAUUUAGUUUUAGAGAAACUAAAUCCCUGAAGGGUUCCUCUAUCAUUUAACAAAUGAAAACCUCAGCUACAAUUCAUUUGAUAGUGGAAAGUGGACUCACCCCACUUGUUGUUAUUCUGGCAUACUCAUUUAGGAAGGCAUUGUAUUUGCUCCAUAGCACUGGCUGUGGAAUCUGUGGCACAUUUUCCAACAUGAGCUUCCAACCCCUUACCUUUUUACAUUGAUCAGCUGUAACAUGUAAAAGCACCUCAAACCGAUCCCCUAUGUUGGAGACCAAGUGAUCCCCCAUCGAGAAUCCUGCCUCAUUGCUUUUCAAAGUUGGGUCUUUGAUCAAUAUUAGGUGCCUGUGGGAGUUUGUUGUUUUCUUGUGCAUUUAUUUAUCAGGCAUACAAAUAUAUUUAAAUCGGAAAUAAAACCACAUUUUCGAAAGCGCAAAUGUUGCAGAUAUAUAAUGGAUGAGGGUGAAAGGCAUCCACACACACUGAUAUGUAACAUCUGAUUACAAACGAUGAUGGAGAAGGGGAAGGAUUCUGUUGGAUUGGAUGGAAAGGUGCAUCUUCUGUAAAUGUCUGUUUUUGUUAUAAAAUGACUCUCAGUAGAAUCUGAAUCUCAGUAGAAUCUGACGUCUUUAAAUAAACCUGGUCACGUUGACAUUUUUAUCAAUGUGUAAUAAAUGAUUAAAAUGCCAA